AUGUUGGUGGCACGGCAUUUGCUCUUGGCCGGCGGCUGCAAAGAUCUGGAAGAAGGCAUCGGCCAGAAGGCCCUCCAGAAGGCCCUCGCUCUCGCAUCUGCCCAAGGCAAAGUUCGGAUUGUCCAACUCUUGUUGGAAGCUGGCGCAGACAAGAACGCAAAGGAUUCCAGUGGGCAUACGGCUCUGACAUGUGCCUCAAAAGAGGGCCACUACCGGGCGGUUCACUUCCUGAUCGAAGCAGGCUCCGACCUGGACGCGCAGACCGAUCACGGUCGAACGGCCCUUCAUUACGCAUGUGAAAAGGGGUAUCCGCCUAUCGCGCAAUUGCUUCUCCAAUAUGGCGCCAACAAAAACCUACGUGAUCGGCGGGGAUAUACAGCCCUUCAUCUUGCACUCAUCAAACGCCAUCGCGGGAUUUCGCGCUUGCUGCGUGAAGCCGGUGCUGGCAAAGAGAUGCUGAGCGGGAGUGGCCACACAGCAUUGGGCCUUGCAUCAGCCGAGGGUCAUCUUCUGGAAGCCCGGACAACCAAAGAUGCACAGAACUGGUACGUUGCAGGCCGAGAGUUCCGUGAGAAGUUCAAGACGCUCCACAUCCUCGAUCGCCCAUCCUCGGAGGCAGUGGCUGUCAAAGAGAUUCGUGAGCCGGAGUUGUCAAGAUUUUUCUUCGACGCUGAUGACGCAAUGAAGUCGGACUACUACAUCAUCUUUCACAUCAGGGAUGGAGAAUCACCAGUUCCGAUCGACGGCUGGAUCCCCAAACGCUUCGAUGGCUGUGCCGCCUUGGUGAUCGCCAACUUUGCAGCUUCGCAGGAAGAUCCGGCAAGGUCAUGGAGCGCCUGGACUGAUUGCCGCCCUGGAGAUUGGCUCAAAGGCGACGGCUUCUGGCUGAAUAGAAUCGAAGAGGUCGCCGUAGAAGUGGACGACCCCCUCCUCACAGAAGAGGAACAGCUGGAGCUCGAGCAGGCCGUGGCCAAGAGCUCCGAGGGAGAGGAGCCCUUUCUGACUUUUCCCAUCUCGGAGCCUCGGCUGGGCUUGGGCGAGGGCUUGAACACCGCAGCGCUUGGGAUCCGGGAUCUGGCCCGUGUGGGGGACCGGGAAGUGUCCCCUGUGUCGGUGUUGAUGACCACCUUCGACUUGCCAGACGACAUCGUAUGGCUACAGACGCAGCUCAGCCUGGGCAGAGACACGCCGGUGACGCUGUGCGGCCACCCGUGGCCAACUAGGGAUCGCCUUUGGAGGGAGCUUCAGGCUGUCUUCGAGGAUGUGGUCCUGCAUUUUCCAGGAUCCGCCAACCUCUCCCGACACUCGAAAAGCGACGUCCGGAUACCGGAAGCGAACCUGGAGCCUGUGGAGGGAGGAGGUUACAGCGAGUGCAGCGUGCAUUCUAAGUUGAUGCUCCUGGAGUUUGAGGACCGGCUUCGGGUUGUCAUAUCCAGCGCCAAUCUGUUGCCCAGGUUUUGGCAGAUGAAUAAUGAGGUGGUUUGGGCAAAGGACUUUCCACGCCUGCACCAUGAGGGCUUGCACGUCUCGGUCCUGCUUCACAGCGGGACUUUCGGUCAGACAUUGUCCCACUGCUUGGCAGAGCUACUAAAUGAUGCUCCCGGACAUCGGCGCAUGCAGUGGCUGUCAACGCUUUCACAUUUUGACUUGGAGUGCAAUAUCCAUCUCGUCAUGUCUCGCCCCGGAAUCUACGAGAAGUCGCGCCCUCUGAGCCCCACUCAGAUUGGAUUGAGGCUAUCGCUCAUGGAAGAAAGCCUGAAGAUCAUGAGAUCAGAAGAAACGGAGAGCCUGUUGUCGGCGGCCCGUGGGGAAUUCACCGGUGAGGCCAGGCUUCAGAAACGCGACGAGUGUUGGAUGCUGUGCCUGACGGGCUUACCACUGGCAUUUCUGAGCCCGGCCUCCUGCAAAGCACUCACCGCAGCUGAGACUUUGGGGUUCGAUGUAUCGGACGGCCUGAAGGUGGACCUCUUGGCCACCGACCUCGAAUAUCCCGAGCCUGAGCCCUCUUCACCAAGCGAAGAGGUUGCCUGCAAGCUGCCGCUGGUGCAAGUUAUCUUGGAAUGCCCCGGAGGCCUCUUGCCAGUCAUAGACAGCAACGACCUCCCUGCGACUAGCGCGGCCGCCGAACUCUUGGCCCACCUGGAGAUCAACUACGGGCUCAUGGCUCUUCGAGCCAGUCUGUCCCACCUCCCCUGGCGCCAGUCGGAAGAGCGAAGCUUCGUGGCCCUGAGCUCUUCGUUUAGCCGCCUGGAUGGGGACUGGUUCCGGGCCUUUGAUGAUUGUGUGGGCCGGGCUGCUGGUGAAGGGGACUUGCCAGGACCACGCAUCCUGGUUCCGGCAGAAGGAGGGCUCCGAUUCGAAGUGGCCUCUAUGGGGGAGCCCCGCCUCGUGGCGCACGAGGCUCCCUGGCACUCGCCGGGACGGGAGAAAGUUCGCAGUCAUGGAAAGCUUAUCGCCCGACUUUGCUGGGAUGAAGCAGAAUCGCAGCCGUAUGGCUGGAUCUAUGUGGGCUCCCACAAUCUCACCGUCUCAGCGUGGGGUACCAUCCACAGGUCCGAGACUCGACCCGACCUACACUGGAGUGGGAACCGGGAGCUGGGCGUCCUUCUUGUGGAGCCGAGGUCCUCGAAGCGGGGGCUGUUUCGCCACACCCCUCUGCCUUUCAACCUUCCCUUGGAGCCGAUUUCCUUGGAAGGUCGGGAGAUUUGGGGCGAGGACUCAUGGGACUGGAGUUGGCCGAAGGAGGGCUAUGAGACCCAGAACGGCACAUGGGACGAGAAUGGAGAAAACUGGGAGGCAGAGGAGCGAGAGGACUGGAG